GGAAGUGACGCCGCAGCGAGGCGGAAACGCGAACCGGCAACGUGAUUCUUUCGCUGUCAUGACGCGCUCUCGGCGACAAGUGGAGGCCGCCCGGAAGAAGCGGGUCCAGAGAAAAGGCGCGAAGGCGGCGGGGAAAAAAGACCCGGGGGUACCGCAGCUAGGCCGCUUUGCCGCCCACGUCCAGCAGCAGAAUGAAAACAGGCAGAAAAGGGCUGCCGACGCGCGCCGUCGGCGGGAAGAAGCGCGGGAGAUGGAGGUGGAACGACGGCGGAGCCUGGCCGGGCUGCAGCACGACGCCCUGCGGCGGCAGCGGGAGUUCGAGCGAGGUGGCGGAGACCCGGCCCGACGCACAAGAAGAGGCCUCGCUGCGGCAGUACGGGCGGGAGCUGCGUAAGGUGUUAGCAGCGUCUGACGUGGUGCUGGAGGUGCUGGACGCCCGCGACCCCCAGGGUUGCCGCAGCCCGCAGCUGGAAGCCGCCGUCCGGCACGCCGGGCACCGCCAGCGCCUGGUGCUCGUCCUCAACAAGAUCGACCUGGUGCCACGGGACGUGGUGGCGGCGUGGCUGAAGUACCUGCGAGGGGAGUUUCCCACCGUGGCGUUCAAGGCGUGCACACAGCAGCAGAGCCGCAACCUGAAGCAGAGCCGGCUACCGGUGGCUACAGCCCCGGAGGAGGUGCUGUCCGGUGGUGCCUGCGUGGGUGCCGACUGUUUACUGCGCGUCCUGGCUAACUACAGCCGCUCCGGGGAGGUGAAAACGACCAUCACUGUGGGUGUUGUGGGGUACCCCAAUGUGGGUAAGAGCAGCAUCAUCAACAGCCUGAAGAGGAGCCGGGCCUGCGGGGUGGGGGCUGCACCGGGGGUCACCAGGUGCUUACAGGCAGUGCAGCUGGACCGGCACAUCCAGCUGUUGGAUUGUCCCGGCGUCGUCAUGGCGACGGGGACCCCAACGGCUGCCGCCCCGCUAAGGGGGGCCCUGGACCCCCAGCGCCUGCGGGACCCCCUGGGCCCUGCCGCCGCCAUCCUGCGCCGCUGCCCCCCCGAACAGCUGAGCGAGCUUUACGGGGUCCCCCCAUGCGCUGACCCCCGGCAAUUCCUGUCUCACCUGGCCCGGCGACAGGGACGGCUCCGUCCUGGGGGGCUGCCGGACCCCCGUGCCGCCGCCGUGGCCCUGCUGCGGGACUGGACAAGCGGGAAGAUAUCCUACUACACUCACCCCCCCGAAACACAUGGGGUGCAACUGGAGGCUCAAAUCCUGCCGGCGCUGGGGCCGGCGCUUGACCUGGAGGCGCUGGAGAGGGGUGACGCUGAGGCGCUAGCGGCAAUACCAGCAACGGUGAUGGGCAUCAGGCUGUCCCCUUCUGUCCCUGAGGAGGAGGAGGAGGAUAAAUCCAUCGAGGAGGAAGAAACAGCCAUGGAGGAUGACAACGACGACGACCUGGAGCUCGGCGCGGUGACGGUGGAGCUGAAGCCCCGGACGAAAACUGGGGGUGUCGGGGAGGGGUCUGCGCCCCGUGCCCCCCGUUUGGAGGAGGUGGCCGCCCUACACCCCCUGCUACAGGGCCAGGGGCUGCGGGCUGCCUGCAAACGGAGGAAAAAGCUGCAAAAAAGAGCGGAGAAAAUCGCCACGAAGCUUUCGGAGACACUGGAGGCAGCCAUGCAGUUCUGAGCGCAAAGCAUUUGCAGCAGAGAUUUAUUAUUUUUUUAAAGCCAGGAAUGGUUUAAAAAAAAGUGCUUUUUUUAAAUAAAAGCAUGAGUGGAA